AUGGGCCGCAAAGCCGCCACAACGGGGGCUGAGGCCACGAUCGAAUGCCGAAAGUGUCGUGCAGCCUGUCCCCCCAGCUUUAAAUUCUGCGACCAGUGCGGCCAAAAGCUGCACGUGAAAAAGUCCACCAAGCGAACCAAGCCACAUCUCGCUCAACACAAACUUGACCUCCAAACUACUUUGAAUGCUCCAGAAUCGUCGAAUGGGACCCAAGCCUGGUUCUGGGGCAGUCAAGCACUACCUAGCGUCAAAGUUCCAGCGAAGCCAAUCCACGAGCACGAGCUAAACGAGAAUCAACAAGAAGAUAUCAACAACCCUCCGCCUCGAGCAAGAAAUCACCGGAAGUCGUAUAAGCGACCCCGAGAAGCCACGUUGUUGCCACUACUCCAGUCGUCUGCAGCUUCUGUUGAUGCAUGGUCCGCUCCCAAAGUGACGUUAUCAACAGCCCCCCAAGUCAACUUAAUUUGGGGGCAAACAUUCGAAAAAGCAUCGGCAGAACUCGAGGCGAAAGAAGCGAUGCUGGCAGCCGAAAUCGCCGCAAACGCCCAAAUUCUCGCACACAUGGAAGCUCAAGCCCAAGCCCACGCCUUUCAAGACGACGACGUAUUCAAGUUUGCAUGCAAAUCGAAACGAGACCUCGAGCGCGCCCUGGCGCUAGACAAAGCCGCCCUUUCUCGCGUCCGAGGCCAGUUGGUCCAACUCGGUCUUAAUGAAACCGCGGUUAACCACACGAAAUUGCACAUCCAACGCCUUGAGGGCAUCGAGGAACUCGCUCGUGCACGUCGACUCGCUGCAGCCAGUCGGGUUCAGGCGUGGUACCGUCGGCAACGCCAGCGCCAGAUGAUGCGGGGUCGGCUGCGAAUGAAAAUCUGUCGCGGGUACCUCCGCUACCGCUACGUGAAGCGCGCCCACGACGUUUUUCCGGGGCAAUUUUUCUACUUUUACGACCGCAAAGUCAUAGACUCACACGCGUGCUUGGAAUUCGUGGGCGAUUUCAGUCGAGGCGUGUACAGCCAGCCAUUUCCGGUACAUUUUAGUCCACAUCCCGUGCACCACCUCGGCGCGUGCGCCACAUGCAUCCAGAGAUGGUACCGCGGCAUCAAAGCCAAGUGGCGGCGUGUACUUGAGGCCAUUCAGCGGAUGGUGCUGGACAAAGCCAGGGCAGUGGCGUUGCAGCGGAAUGCCGCCGCGACCAAACUGCAGGGGCUCUUUCGGUCUCGACAAGCCAAGCGACGGCUGCAAUUGCUCGUGUCGUCCACAUUUAAAGAAUGCGUCGACCCGGCUACGAAUAUGACGUUUUACUACAAUGCGAAAACACAAGUGAGUCAAUGGACGCGGCCAAAGCUGUGGAAACCAGCUGCUGCAGCUAACACCACAAAGCCACGACGGCCGAAACUGAACCUGAACGACAUGGACACGCCUCGUCGAGUGCAAUUGUGUGCUGUGAAAAUCCAAGGACUGUUUCGAACGAACCUGGCGACGAAAAAGCUCAAGCUGCUUGUCGCGCAAACAUAUCAAAAGGUCCUGGACCCAGACACCAACCAGUGGUACUACUACAACGCGAAGACGAACGCCAGUCAGUGGGCUAAGCCUGCAUUGUUGGGAACUGGCGACAUGAUUCAUCACGCGUCCUCCUCGACAUUAAAGGAACCCCGACGACUGGCAACCAAAACAAGUCCGUACGAUGGCCUCCUUCCCACGGCUCGACGGAAGGACGUUGCCGCCGUGAAAAUCCAAGGGCUCUUCCGCACUCGCAACGCCCGCCGCCACCUCCGCCACUUGAUCGCGCAAACGUAUCGAAAAGUGUUUGACGCUGACGCCAACAUGUGCUACUAUUACAAUGCCAAGACUGGGGAGAGUCACUGGACCAAGCCAACAUUACUCGGUGCCGCCGACGUCCCUGAACCUAUUGCCUCCGUGUCAAACGUCACCACCGCCCUCCCUUCAACUGCCUUGAACACCUUACCAACCCCUCGCCGAAUUGAAGUCGCCGCCACUAAAAUCCAAGGGCUGUUUCGAACACGCAACGCCAGACGCCGCCUUCGCCAUCUCAUCGCUCAAACGUACCAAAAGGUGCUCGACGUCGACUCCCAGCAAUUUUACUACUUUAACACCAAGACUGGCGAGAGUCAAUGGGGUAAGCCUAUCUUGCUUGGCACUGGCGACAUGGAAGAGUUGGUCCCGCCGCCCCAGAAUACCCCCCGCCCCCGAGUCAGUCAACAACGUUCCCCCAAGCUGACAACAUUAUCAACUCCUCGCCGAGUUGAAGUCGCCGCCACUAAAAUCCAAGGGCUAUAUCGCACACGCAAUGCCAGAUGCCGCCUUCGCCAUCUCAUCGCUCAAACUUAUCAACGGGUGCUGGAUACCGACUCGCAGCAGUUUUACUACUACAACACCAAGACUGGCGAAAGUCAGUGGGUCAAGCCAGUGCUCCUGGGCACAAGCGACCUCGUUGAUGAGACACAGGUGCGUUACCCAACGAAUCCCCGCAAACGAGGGGGCGACCCGAGGGCCUUCCUCGUCGGCCUCAACCCCGUCCAGCAACUCCAAGCUGCCGCUACGAAAUUGCAAGGUCUGUUUCGAGCUCGACUCGCUCGACGUCGACUGGUCGGCUUGAUCGCUUCCACAUAUCACAAGUUUGUGGACGAGGAAUCGCAAGCCAGCUAUUAUUACAAUGUCAAAACCGGUGAAAGUUCGUGGGUCAAGCCAGCACUGCUCCGGUCCGACACUCUGCCACGUCAAUAGUAACCACUACUAAUGUAAGUUAGCCCAAGUACUACGUAGUAAGCCUGUUAAACUCCAAACU